UGACGAGGUUGGCGCAGGAAUACGACAUCGAAAUGGAUCACAAGCGGAUAUUAUUUUUGUUCGCCAUUGCUGCUCUGCUCCUAUGUAACAUUGCAAGAGCCGAUGAAAAGGAAACGGAAGUGGUGGCAGAGGAACCGAGCUCCACUCAGCUGUUGGCCGCCGGUGAAACCGACCAGGCUGAUACUGGAGAUGAGAACGUUAGGAAAGUGCGCCAGUAUUUUGGACCACCACCGUUUGGACCACCGCCGUUUGGACGUCCGCCACCACCCUUCUUUGGCCCACCACCACCACCGUACUAUGGCGGUGGCUUUGGCGGCGGAUACGGCGGUGGUUUCCAGAGAACCCGCGUGAUCACCCGCACCCGUUACCGCGGACGCGGUGGCUACUACGGCGGUGGAUUCUACGGCUAAUCGGCUAGCUUGGACUCGAUUGUGCAGACUUUGUGAUACUUCUAUUGUGCUGCCCCUUGGAGGGCAAUAAAACUGUUUGCCUUAUGCAAGUCCAUUCAA